UGCUCUCUCUCUCUCUCUCUCUCUGAGCUUAGUAUGUAAUAAGUGUUCUUGCUUACUCAGUUACGCUACGUUCCGACGUCCGAUCUUCAGCAUCAACAAAAAAAAAAAAGCAACAUUUUAGAAACAUACCCGAGAUGUCAUGGUUUCUGGCAACUUUGCGACGUAUUAUAGGUCUUGAUGAUAAUCAAGAAGAAGGAACUCGGCUUAGAAAUGGUAAUCGCGGUAACAAUCCUUAUUAUGACACUCCUUCUAGAGGCUACGUUCCUCCUACAACAACCACCACUUCUAGAGGCUAUGUUCCUCCUACUACCACCACCACCACCACCACCAAUGCCAGGACUUAUGGCCGGAUACAGGAGCCAUCUGGUGCAUAUAGAACUGCCCCAUCCGGUGCCUAUACGACUACCCAGAUUCCUACCCAAAGCUAUUCCAAUUCAUGGAAUUCAACUCCAUCUGUGUCCACGCCACCUCCACCACCAGUUUCAUCAUUGUCUUCGUCUUCUUUUGGGACACCUCUAUCAUCCCCCAAACCCCAUCGACCUUCCACUAAGCCAUUUUUGUCUCUGGCUCCAUCGAAUUCAACGAAUCCAAAUUCAAAAACCGCUUAUAUUUUGGUUGAGAAAGAUGCAUCUCCUAUUUAUGCCAUUCCUGAGGAUUUCAAAGAUUCGAUCAAGAACGAUGUUGUGCCUGGAAUUCUAAAAAGGCCUUUGUCCCCAUCAACGUACAAGGGUUACUUUGAGGCCCUGCUUUAUGCCGAGGAUUUCUACCUUGAGAAAUGGGAUGGAUUUGAAAUGAAGAACGUGACUUUGGAGUUGGAGGAAGCAUCGAUUUAUAAGAGGAAAGGCAAAUACAACAAGAAGAAUUUGGAUGAUGAGAAGGAUGAUAAAGUCUUUGUGACAUUUGAGCUUGACUCCAUUCCUGAGAGAAGGCCAUUCCUUUUAUCUAGGGACUUUGUCUCCGUAUCGCCUUCAGGCACGGGAGCUGAGCCAUUGCAGGGUCUUAUCUACCGCGUGGUAAAGAGUAGCCGUGUUUUGGUUGAUUUUGGCAAAGAUUUUCACGUUCAGCAUCACUCGGCAUGCAAAUACAAUGUCUCGUUCUCUUUUAACAGAGUCUGUCUAAAACGAGCGCACCAAGCCGUUGCAACAGCCUCGGAUCCCUUAUUCAGGAACUUCCUCUUCCCUGAUUCGAUAUCUAAAAACAGCCUUCUUACUGCUCAACUUCCAUCUAUCGAUUCAAAUCUUGACUCGCAUCAAAUCUCUGCUGUUCGUCAUAUUUUGAGCAACCAAAAUGCGGUUCCAUAUCUCGUGGAGGGACCAAUCGCCGUUGAUAGAUCAAAUUUUUUAUCAAGAACUGGAUUUGUUGUAUGUGAAGCAGUACUCCAAGUGUACCGAACAUCUCCCUCAUGCCGGAUUCUCAUAUGUGCUCCAACAAAUAAGGGAUGUGAUGUCCUUACAAGAAGGUUGAGGGGGAAGAUUCCAGAGUCUAAUAUCUUCCGAGCGAAUGCUGCAUUCCGGGAGCUUGAUGGAGUUCCAGAAGACAUUCUUCCUUCCUGUCUUUACAAAAAGGAAAGGGAGUGCUUUUAUUGUCCUUCAAUACACGAGCUCGGGAAAUAUAAGGUGAUCUCAUCCACUUUCAUGAGUAGCUUUCGGCUGCACAAUGAGGGCAUAACGGCCGGACAUUUUAGCCAUAUUUUCCUGGUGGAUGCCUCGUCUGUCAUUGAACCGGAAGCUAUGGUGGCUCUGGCUAAUCUGGCGAAUGAGAGCACAGUCGUGACGGUAACCGGGGCACCCGGAAAUCAUUCGGGUUGGAUUCGUUCACAUAUUGCCAGGCAAAACGGGUUGCUGAUAUCCUACUUCGAGAGACUCCGGCAAAGCAAGCUGUAUGACAGCCUCGAUCCAAAGGUUAUCACAGUGCUCUGAGACUUUGGUAAAAAACUCCAGUGAGACUUAGUGUGGGUAUUCUCAUUCACGUUUUACCAGUUGCGUUGAAUCCAUGGAUGAUAGAAUGUGUAAAAAAAAAACUCACUCCUCUUUUUUGGGCUUCGUUUCGAGACUGUAAAUGAUCCUACUGUUAACUUCCUGUUGGUUAUUGCAUCUUAGGUAGGAAGUGCAUUUUGUGAAGAAAUGAGAGCAGUUGGUAUAACAUAUGGGAUCGACCAUGGUAUUUUAAUUUAUGUAUAUGAGGAGAAUUACGUGUCUAAAAA